AUGGCGCAGCUGUGUGGGCCGAGGUGGUGCCGGGCGCUGCUGGCGCUGCAGGCUUCGCUGCUCCUCUUCGGGGCGGAGGCAGCGGACGGAGAACGGGACGUCCGCGACUUGUGCAGAGUUCCGCAGGUGGUGGGAAGGUGCCAGGCUGCCCUCCGCAGGUGGUGGUACAAUGCCACGGGCGGGUCCUGCCAGCAGUUCGUGUAUGGAGGCUGUGGUGGGAACGACAACAACCACCUGACCAGAGAGAAGUGCCUUGAGAAAUGCGCUAAUGUCACGGACAACACGACUGAGGACCUGCCCACCGGCAGGAAUGGAGCAGGUUCCUCGGUCCCGGGUGUGCCCAGGAGGCAGGAUUUCGAGGACCCCCCCAGCGACAUUUUCAGCUACGAAGAACACUGCUUGGCCAGGGCGGUCACCGGGCCGUGCCGCUCCUCCUUCCCACGCUGGUACUUCGACGCCCAGAAGAACACCUGCGAUAACUUUAUCUACGGAGGGUGCUGGGGCAACAAAAACAACUACCUCUCCAAGGAGACGUGCCUGAGGCACUGCUCCUCCGGGGGCAGGCAGUUCUACUCCGCCCUGCCCUGCAGCACCAGAGCCGUCCUGGAGGGGCUGUUCCUGACCGUCCUGCUCCUCCUGCUGGGAGCCUCGGUGGUCUACCUGAUCCUCGCGGCGCGGAGGAACCGGGAGAGCUGCCCCUUUGUCUGCAGCCUCCGGGGCGCCGAGAAGCCCGUGAUCAAGAAGGGAACCUGGGGAAGGGGCGGGGUGACCACGGCAGAGUGCCAGUGUGCUGUUUAA